GGAGAGACACUCAGCCGACACACAGGAUAAAUCUUCAAAAACAAACUUUAGUGCAACUUUUUCUAUUUUUCCACAGCUCUGGAUGCAAAACCUUCAUCUUCUUUUCUUAUUUCCUCUGAGGCUGACUUUUUGUGUUGUUGUUUUUCUUCCAUAGAAAGCUGCGAUGUUUCCAUUCUACCUCUUAACUUUAGCUGCCACCAUCCAAGCCCACAAGCUGCUGCUGCCAGGCUCAUGCAACUUUGAGUCCAACACCUGCGGAUACACGUCAGAUGCAGACUUCACGAGCUGGACCCUACACAAAGAUGGCCGUUUUGUCGCAGUGGACGCAGCCACCAACGACAACCAGGAGGACCAUCUGGGUUCAGGUGCCGAACCGCACAAGGACACCACGGGGGUUCUGCAGAGUCCGGUUCUGGAGCACAGCGAGUGGAGCUGCCUGAGGCUCGUCUACCAGAUCACCGGGUCGGGAAGCCUGGAGGUCCUGAAACGCACCAACGGAGACAGUUUCGAUAAACCGCUGUGGAGCAGCCAGGCACCAUCCGACAGCUGGGUCAUCUCAAGCAUGGACCUGCAGAACAACACCGAGCCCUACAGGGUCGUUAUCGAAGGUAAACCGGGACCGAUCGCUGGGAGCAGCGUGGCCGUCUUUGAGAUCCACAUCAGCCCCGGAUACUGCCUGGAGUGCGACUUUGAGGAGUCUCACCUGUGCGGGUACAACAACCAGUGGAACGCCAAUGUGAACUGGUACGUGGGAGGAGGUGGGGUCCAGGUUCUGCUCAACAACAUACCAAAUGACCACACGUACAACAACAAGACAGGCCACUUCAUGUACGUGGACUCCAUCUACGCCGAGACUUUCAAAGAAGUGGCCAAACUGGUGACUCCCAUGACGACGGUGCCGAUGUCCGGCUGCCUGAGCUUUCAGUACCAGCGCAGCGAGGAGAGGGGAAACCUGUUCUCCGUUUUCACCCGGGACCGACUGGGUCAGUACCAGGAGCUGUGGAGGGCGGGGUCGGAAAACCAGGACGACUGGGGCGAGGCUGUUGGAGAGUGGAUACCUGUGCAGGUGGACCUGAAGGCACCGUACUCAGUGCAGGUGGUCUUUGAAGUGGCGUUUAACAGCCAGCGAGGCGGACGUGUUGCACUUGAUGACAUUUCCUUUUCUCCAGACUUCUGCAGCACAGACACCGAGCCGACUUUUGACCCCUCCAUCGCCAACUGCGACUUUGAGUCGGGCUUCUGCCGCUACGCCCAAGACGAUGUGUUGGGUUCGGCGUGGAGGAGAGUGUCAGUGAAGCCCAACAUAUUUAGGAACGGAGACCACACCACGGGGGCAGGAUCUUUCCUGUUGGCUCACUCCCGGCUCGGCCCACGCUCCGGCUACGUUAGCCGCCUGGUCGGUCCGACGCUGCCAGGGAACAUGAAGUACUGCCUGAGAUUCUACUUCUCCCUGAGGGGCUUCAACCAGACGGACCAGGCUCUGGCCGUUUAUCUGCUGCAGCAGCAGAGCGGCGGCAAGGAGAGGAUCUGGACUCAGGGCGAGAAGUCGAGAGGAAUCUGGAUCGCGGCGGACGUCACCUUCCAGACGACGCAGCCUGCCAAGGUGGUGUUCGUCAGCACCUGCAGGAGCUUCUGGGACUGCGGCUCGGUGGCGCUGGACGACAUCAGUUUGAGCUUCGGGGACUGUGAGCUGACGGCAGGUUCGUUGUCGUCCUCACGUCCCGGACACUGCGACUUCGAAGCAGGACUGUGCGGCUACACUCAGGACAAGCUGAGCGAUGCGGCCGACUGGGAGUGGAGGAGAGGAAACACCCCGACCUCGUACACCGGACCCAGAGGAGAUCACACCACCGGGCUCGGAUACUACCUGUACAUGGAGGCGUCGCCCAUGCUGCCCGGCCAGAACGUCCGGCUGCUGUCCCGUCCCGUCAGAGGAACCAGAGGGCCUCAGUGUCUCCGGUUCUUCUACCACAUGUACGGCUCGGGCACCGGCCAGCUCAAAGUUCACAUCGACAAGGAUGGGGAGGACGAGUUGCUGUGGCAACGGAGCGGCGAGCAGAGCAUCGCCUGGCUCAGGGCCCAAGUGGAGUACCAGUGUGACAGCCAGCAUCAGAUUGUGUUCGAGGCGACCAGAGGUACGUCAGUCAGGAGUGAUAUCGCCAUCGAUGACAUUAUCUUGGAAGGUGGACCUUGCCCAGAAAUGGAGAUCAUGGCCACCGUGGGAACCUCCAACGAGAUCGAGUAGAAACGGAAAUCAGCUGCGUAGGAUGCAUGAACCCCCUUCCCCGAGUUUUUCUUUUGCACAACACGGGCGACUCAAGGCGUUGCCGUCCCCUGACUCCUACAUGUCGGUGCGAACAUGUAGACAAAGAGAACUUCUCAUGUAGUUUUUUAUUUUUUAUGGAGCAACACAUAUCAGAUGUCAGCACUUCUCUCUGCACUGUAGCAACAGAGAGCGUGUUCAACUGUGUUUUUCUUCACAUUUAUAUGCAUUAGAUUAAUGCUCAUUGCUCAAAUAAAGCGAGAAGGUCCUUCAAAAA